GGUGUGUUCCGUAGGUAAAACCCUUGAAAAUUACGAAAAGAUCCGGAGAGUGGCUGAAACAAAAAACUUCGCAGAAGCUCAAUAUUGGGCAAACUAGAAAGACCAAAGUUCAAUAAUCAUUAAAAAGAAGCAUGUCUUUCCCCCCAAAAUUCUCUCAUUUACGUUCUUCUUUUUCUUCUUCUCUUGAUGUUCUUCCUAAAAUUCCACCUCUCCAAACACUAAUAAAAAGAGGCUUCACUCCCACUCUCAAAUCCAUUAACCAACUUCUUUCCUUUCUCUCUUAUUCCCGAAAAUUCAACUCAGUUGUCCAUCUCUUCUCUCAGUUGGAAUCAAACAAAAUCAAAGCCAAUUUCCAAACCCACUCGAUCCUCAUUUGGGCUCUCCUCAGAUUGUACAAAUUUGAAGAAGCGGAGCAUUUGAUGAAUACCCGGCUGUCAAAAUUUUCCAAUUUUUCCAAAACUCGAUUUUGGGAUUCUCUAAUUCAAGGAUUCUGUGUCAUCCAAAAUAAUCCACAAAAGGGUCUUUUUCUGUUAAAGAACUGCUUAAUGAAUUGUGGUACAUUGCCUUCUUCUUCUACAUUUUGUUCAUUGAUUCAUAGUUUUAUAUCUCAAGGAAAUAUGGAUAGAGCAAUUGAGGUGUUAGAAUUGAUGACAGGUGACAAAAUUAGAUACCCUUUUGAUAAUUUUGUUUGUAGUGCAGUCAUUGCUGGUUUUUGUAAGACUGGGAAACCUGAAGUUGCACUUGGAUUUUUCAAAAAUGCUAUAAAUUCAGGAGCUUUACGGCCUAAUGUUAUUACUUAUACGGCUUUGUUAAGCACCUUUAAUAUGUUGGGUAGAUUUAAUGAGGCUUGUGAUCUGGUUUUUAAGAUGGAAAAGGAAGGGCUGGCUUUGGAUGCUAUUCUUUAUAGCAGUUGGAUUUGUGGGUACUUUAGAAAUGGGUGUUUAAUGGAGGCUUUGAAAAAACAUAGAGAGAUGGUGGCAAGAGGAAUCAACCCCGAUGCUGUAAGCUACACUAUUCUCAUUGAUGGAUUUUCAAAGGAAGGUUGUGUGGAAAAGGCAGUUGGAUUUUUGAAGAAGAUGUUGAAAGAUGGGGUGAUGCCCAAUGUGGUUACGUAUACGGCAAUCAUGUUGGGUUUUUGCAAGAAAGGGAAAUUGGAGGAGGCAUUUACAUUGUUCAAGGAAGUUGAAGAUAUGGGGAUUGAAGCAGAUGAGUUUAUGUAUGCAACAUUGAUUGAUGGAGCUUGCAGGAAAGGAGAUUUUGAUUGCAGCUUUCAUCUGUUGGAUGAAAUGGAGAAGAAGGGGAUUAAGCCAAGUAUUGUUACUUAUAAUAUAGUAAUCAAUGGUUUGUGUAAGGUUGGGAGGACAUCUGAAGCAGAUAAUGUAUUCAAACAGGUAGAUGGUGAUAUUGUAACGUACAGUACUCUGUUGCAUGGUUACACUGAAGAAGGGAACGGAGAAGGGAUUUUUAAGACAAAAGGGAAAUUGGAAGAAUCAGGGCUUUUUAUGGAUGUUGUUGCAUGUAACACACUUAUCAAAGCACUCUUUAUGGUUGGUGCAUUUGAAGAUGCCCAUGCACUCUACAAAGCAAUGCCAGAAAUGGAUUUGAAUGCAGAUUCAAUUACUUAUUGCACAAUGAUAGAUGGCUAUUGUAAAGCAGGCAGAAUAGAGGAGGCACUAGAGGUGUUUGAUGAGUAUAGGAUGUCAUUAGUUUCUUCUGUUGCAUGCUAUAAUUGCAUCAUAACUGGGCUAUGCAAAAGGGGAAUGGUUGAUAUGGCCAUUGAGGUAAUUAUUGAACUUGGUGAGAAAGGUUUGGCUUUGGACAUGGGUAUCUCAAUGAUGUUGAUCAGGGCAACUUUUGCUCAAACAGGUGCAGUGGGAGUUAUGAAUUUUAUUUACAAACUUGAGAAUUUUGGGUCCGAAAUGUACAAUAGUUUAUGUGAUGAUGCUAUCUGUUUCUUGUGCAAAAGAGGUUUCGCUGAAGCUGCAAGUGAAGUGUACAUUGUAAUGAGGAGGAAAGGUUUAGCUUUGAUGAAAAGUUCCUAUAAUUUGGUACUAAAAAAGCUUAUUGAUGGCGGAAAAAUGUCUCUAGUUGGUCCUUUUCUCAAUUUCUUCCUGAAAGAGCAUGGCCUAGUUGAGUCUAUUGUUAGCAAGAUUGUGGCACACCACUUGUGUCUUAAGAAUAUGGACAUUGCACUACAGUUUCUCAAGAAAAUGAAGGAGCAAGUAUCAUCAGUCACUUUGCCUCCCUCAGUUUUGACAAAACUUGUAAAGGAUGGCAGGGUAUUGGAUGCAUACAAACUUGUCUUGGAAGCUAGUGAAAAUUUUCCUGUUAUGGAUGUGGUUGAUUACUCAAUCCUGGUUCAUGCCCUUUUCAAGGAAGGAUACCCUAAUCAAGCCUUAGAUCUGUGUGCUUUUGUUAAAAAUAAGGGGAUUACUCCUAACAUUGUCACAUACAAUUCGGUCAUAAAUGGAUUGUGCCGUCAGGGGUGUCUAGUUGAAGCAUUCCGACUAUUUGACUUAUUAGAAAGAAUUGACUUGGUUCCCUCUACAGUAACAUAUGCAACAUUGCUUGACCAUUUAUGUAAGCAAGGUUUUCUGCUAGAAGCCAAAAAAUUAUUUGAUGAUAUGAUCUACAAGGGAUGUAAACCAAAUAUACGUGUUUAUAACUCGUUCAUUGACAAUUACUGUAAGUUUGGUCAAAUGGAUGAAGCCUUGAAACUUUUGUCUGAUCUGGAGAUCAAAGGUGUUAAGCCUGAUGAAUUCACCAUUAGUGCUCUGAUUUAUGGCUACUGUAAGAGGGGUGACAUGGAAGGGGCUCUUGCAUUCUUUUCUGAGUUCAAAAUGAAAGGUGUAUCUCCUGAUUUCUUGGGUUUUAUUCAUAUGACACGAGGUCUUUGUGCGAAAGGAAGGAUGGAAGAGGCAAGGAGUAUCUUGAAAGAAAUGCUUCAGACAAAAUCUGUUGUGGAGUUGAUAAAUAACAUUGAUACCAAGAUUGAGUCAGAAUCAGUAGACAGUUUUCUUGCAUUCUUAUGUGAGCGAGGAAGUAUCCAUGAAGCUUUGGUUGUUCUUUGUGAAAUUGGGUCUGUGUAUUUUCCUAUUCAAAAGUGGUCUACCGUUUAUCAAGAAUCUGAACCAUUAAACAACUGCUUGAAGAGUGAAGCUUUUUCUGCGGUCUCUGCUGUGUCAGCAAGACCUGACAAAAUGUCUGAUUUAGAUUAUGCAUUGCAUGAUCCGCAGCAAAUAAAGAAGUUAGUAGAAAAUUAUGAUGUUGGAAAAGAGGAAUCUCAAUUUUGCAGCUUUAACCUUUGCUAUUCCUUACUUACUUCACUCUGUUCAAGAGGGGAGCUGCACAAGGCAAAUAAACUUAUGAAUGAAGUGCUUUCAAGUUUGAAGGGAACUCUGUAGUCAAAUUACUGAUUUUUUGGUUGCCAUGACUAAAACCUGAAACUUUCUCUGGCCCCAAGAUAGGAAAAGAAGCCAUGUAGUUACAAGCUAAACCUGAUGAUAAUCAUGCCAUUUAAGCUUCUUCUGUUCUUCCAGGAGAUGAUUGAUCCAGAUGGUAUCGCAAACUGGUCAGUAACUCAUGUUGACUGGUCUGAAAGAAAGUGGCAUCCUAAAUCAUAUAGGGCUCUGGAUGUUACAGAUGAGCUUCUGAAGAAUAUUACGUCAAAUUGACUUGACCAUCCAUGUAACAAGUGAUGAAAAGAGCAAAUAGCAGGUGCAAGCUUGCCCAUGGAAUGAUAUCAGACAACCGUGUUCCCUAUUUGCAAGGAAAUUCUAUCCAGAAACCCUAGAUAAAUUGAUGAUGCUCCUCAAAUUUUUGACUCUGAAUUCUUUGGUCGGAUUGAUAGUUUUUUUCUUGAUCCCUUCACCCCAUAUUGGUUUCACAUAUAGAUUAUAUAUUUGUAAAUGGCCAUUUUUCCCAACUAACAAUUCUUCAGUGCAACGGCAAGUGGAACAGUAGUUAGGAUGAGUUGAAUGCGGCUGGAGGCUACCGAGUUGUUAGCGUUGCGUCCCUUCCAAAUGGGUAAUUUCUUGUCCAUCUCUUCCCCAUUCGUGCCAUUGAUACAUUAAUAUAUAUGUGAAGCAAUAUUGGAAGAUUCUGCGAAAAGUCGGCUGUUAGUCAGAACUUUUAGUUUUAAUAAUCAAGAUUUAAAUAUUGACAGCUUCAAAUAUAAAAAAAUAUAUAUUAUAAAAAAGUA